AUGGAGAACGGAGCAGUGUACGGCCCCACUACAGAAGAGAACCCGGGACCUACCAGGGGCGCCCGGAGCGGCCUCACUGCCUACUUCUCCCCGGGCCGGCUUCAGUGGCCCCGGCGCGUCCUCAAAGGCUUGCAGCUGUUGCUGUCUUUGCUGGCCUUUAUCUGUGAAGAAGUUGUGUCACAAUGUACUAUGUGUGGAGGACUUUACUUUUUUGAAUUUGUAAGCUGCAGUGCCUUCCUUCUGAGUCUCCUUAUACUGAUUGUGUAUUGUACUCCAGUUUAUGACAGAGUGGAUCCUGAAAAAGUAAAAUCAUCGGACUUUUAUAUUACUCUGGGAACGGGAGUUGUAUUUUUGUUGGCAUCCAUUAUUUUUACUACCACACAUGACAAGACAUCAGCUGAAAUUGCUGCGGUUGUGUUUGGGUUUUUGGCAAGUUUUAUGUUUCUGUUUGACUUUGUCAUUAUGCUCUAUGAAAAGCGACAGGAGGCCCAGCUGACAAAGCCUGAGGUUACCACUAGGGCAGAAGCCCUCACUGAACCACUAAAUGUUCACUGCACCACUUAA